AUGCCAAAAUGUUCCAUUUUGGAGUGCAAAAAUGAAAGUAGAAGGGAUAAUCUUAGUAAUGGAGGUAUUUCGUACCAUCGAUAUCCUAGAGAUCCUAUUGUCAAAGAAAAAUGGAUAGACGCCACGGGAAGAAUUAAUUGGAUGCCAACAAAAAUAAGCACGAUAUGCUCUGAGCAUUUUUCACCUGAUGAUUUUGCUAUAUCAAAAAAAGGAUAUAGAUACAUAAAAUCUACAGCGCUUCCUUGUUAUAAAAUUGUAACCUUUUUAAAGGAAAAACAAACCGACCCUUUGAUUUGUGUGCAGCCUCAUUUAGCUGGUUGUAUAAGUAAGUUGAAGCGUGAAACGAUUAAAAAUUUGGACACUGUGGAUAGUCCGAGUUGUUUAACACCUAGUGAAGAGAAACUAAAAGGCCGUCUUAGUUUUUGUGUGGACAAAAUUAAAAAACAGGGACUAAAAAUAAAACGAUUGCAAUCGCAAAACCGAAGGCUUAAAAAGAAAAUAAACGAUAUUAAUCUAAUAUUAGCCAAAUUUAAGGAAGAAUAUGUUAUGACAAAGGAAAAUUUGGAUUAUCUCAAAAAUGUUAAAAUAGAGCCGAUUCCGGCCACGGCGGCCAAUCUCAAUGAGAUUAGCCAACUGCGCAGGAGAUAUUAUAGUGCUCAAGUGUACGCGCAGACACAAGUGCACUCUCUAUUCCUAUCACUCUCAUACUCCGGUGGGACGACCACUCGACACGACCGGGCAAAUGAGAGAGAUCCACACGAGUUAAAAAUUUCAGACUCUAAUACUAUCACUUCAGCGCCAUGGGUCAAAGACGCAGCAAUUAAAGUAUUAAUACACGGAUACACUGGACAUAGAGAUUUUUCUCCGAAUGUAGAAAUAAGGCCAGCGUAUUUGAAAUGCUGUGACUAUAAUAUAAUAUGUGUAGAUUAUAAUAAAAUAGCACUAGAACCGUGCUACGUAGAAGCAGCACAUAACACCGAGCUCGUAGGGAUGUGCACCGCGCAGUUAAUCGACGAAUUGGUACAGACGUACGGAUUCAAACUUCCUAAUUUUCAUAUCAUAGGUUUUAGCCUCGGUGGUCAAGCUGCAGGCUAUAUCGCAAACUUUAUUAAAUCGGGAAAGAUAGAAAGAAUUUCAGCUUUAGAUCCAGCCUUACCAUUAUUUGCAACUAAGGGUAAAAACGAUAAGAUUGACCCAGGUGACGCAUUAUUUGUGGACGUAUUGCAUACAAACGCUUUGAAAAAAGGAAAAUUAGAGAAAAGUGGUCAUAUAGACUUCUAUGCUAACGGAGGUGUUGACCAACCUGGUUGCAUGCCAACAAAAGAUCAGACAAAAUCUGGCUGUGAUCAUGCAAGGGCACCUGCAUACUUUGCCGAAUCAAUAAUCAGUGAAAAAGGUUUCUAUGCAAGAAAAUGCUUUUCCUGGAUCACAUAUUUUAUGGGAUGGUGUGAUCUCAUAUAUACGAGAGAAGAAAUUCUUUUUGGUGAAUAUACCCCAAACAAG